CUCUCUCUGCGGACCACUGGAGGCCGCCGCCACCGCCGCCGCCGCGGGGGAGGAUGAGGGCGGAGGCAGAGGCGGAGGCGGCACCGAGGGGCGCGAGCAGAGGCGGCCAGGACCAUCGCAGGGGCAGUUUAUUAUCUUGCGGCGGCGGAAGCAGGGACGGCUGCUGCAGGCUCGGUUUCGCCAGGCCUGCGCGUGGGGUUUUGAGGGAGCUAUCUGCCCCGAGGCUGGGGAGCCACGGCGGCGAAGAGAAGGAGGGGAGGAGCGCACCGAAACCCAGCAAGUGAAAGCCGCAGAGCACCACCAGGCCGCAGAGCAGCGGAGGAGGGUCGCCGAAGCCAGGGAGCGGGCGCCUGCUCCCUGGGCGCGCUAUCACCCGGCGGCACCGCCUUCUAGCAAAAGCCACCGCGGCCCCGGGCUGCAGCGGCCAGACGGAUGCCCAGGCCACACGGCAGGCGUGGAGAGAGCCGCUGCAGUCGCCGUGCCACGCGGGCUCCGGACUUCAGAGGCUGCUGAUGAAGUGAUUAAGAAGAAACAGUAAACGUCGUCAUCUUGUAGACAGGACAGCAUGGAUCAGCCAUUAACUGUGAACUCCCUGAAAAAGUUAGCUGCGAUGCCAGACCACACGGAUGUCUCUCUCACCCCAGAGGAACGAGUCCGUGCCCUAAGCAAGCUGGGCGGGAACAUCACCAUCAAUGAAGAUAUCACUCCACGCCGCUACUUUAGAUCCGGAGUAGAAAUGGAGAGGAUGGCAUCUGUGUAUUUGGAAGAAGGAAACCUGGAAAGUGCAUUUGUCCUCUAUAAUAAAUUUAUAACUUUAUUUGUAGAAAAGCUUCCCAACCAUCGGGAUUACCAGCAAUGUGCAGUACCCGAAAAGCAAGAUAUUAUGAAGAAACUGAAGGAGAUUGCAUUCCCAAGGACAGACGAAUUGAAAAAGGACCUUUUAAAGAAAUAUAACGUAGAAUACCAAGAAUAUUUGCAAAGCAAAAACAAAUACAAAGCUGAAAUCCUCAAAAGACUGGAGCAUCAGAGGUUGAUUGAGGCGGAAAGGAAGAGGAUCGCCCAGAUGCGCCAGCAGCAGCUGGAGUCAGAGCAGUUUUCGAUUUUUGAAGAUCAGCUCAAGAAGCAGGAAUUAGCCCGGAGUCAGGAAUUAGCCCGGAGUCAGCUGCGAAGCCAGGAAACGCCGGCACUGUCAGAGCAGAUCGAUGGCAGUGCUUUGUCCUGCUUUUCCACACACCAGAACAAUUCCUUGCUGAAUGUACUUGUAGAUCAGUCUAAUAAAAGUGACGCAACCAGUUAUGCUGGCCACUCACCUCCCGUCAACAGGGCCUUAAAGCCAGCUGCCACUCUAAGUGCUGUUCAGAAUUUCGUGGUUGAAGGACUGAGAUGUGUCGUUUUAUCAAGAGAUCUUUGCCACAGAUUUCUGCUGCUGGCAGAAUCCAAUACAGUGAGAGGAAUAGAAACCUGUGGAAUACUCUGUGGGAAGCUGACACAUAAUGAAUUUACUAUUACCCACUUAAUAGUGCCAAAGCAGUCUGCGGGCCCAGACUACUGUGACGUGGAGAAUGUAGAAGAAUUAUUCGGUGUUCAGGAUCAACACGAUCUCCUCACCCUGGGGUGGAUCCAUACACAUCCAACCCAGACUGCUUUCUUAUCCAGUGUUGAUCUCCACACUCACUGUUCCUAUCAGCUCAUGUUGCCAGAGGCCAUUGCCAUCGUCUGUUCCCCAAAGCAUAAAGACACCGGCAUCUUCAGGCUCACUGACGCUGGCAUGGUUGAGGUUUCCGCUUGUAAAAAGAAGGGCUUUCAUCCACACACCAAGGACCCCAGGCUGUUCAGUGUCUGCAGACAUGUGUUGGUGAAAGACAUAAAGAUAAUCGUGCUGGAUCUGAGGUGAUACGUUCUGCAGAUUAGCACCCUCCACGCCAGACGCUUACCGUGGACCCGUGGUUGCCGGAUUUUCUUAAGAUGUUUCCAGAAAUGACUGAUAUUUUAUAUUUAUACAUUUUAGAUCAGAGAGUUUGAUAUUUAUUACUUUUGCACAUUUUGACGCUUUAUUUUUGGGUUGCUUUGUCUUAAAAGAGGUUACAGUGGAGUUGUCAGUACCUACUAGUGUGCCUGGAUACUAUGACCACAUAAUAAAUUGUGCUGCAAACAACA